GCUCUGCUCGGCAUCUGGGGACGCUCGCGGCUCUCUGCGCCCGGCCCAGCUUCUUUCAAAAUGUCUACUGUUCAUGAAAUUCUCUGCAAGCUCAGCUUGGAGGGUGAUCACUCGACACCCGCAAGUGCGUAUGGGUCAGUCAAAGCCUACACCAACUUUGAUGCUGAGCGGGAUGCUUUGAACAUUGAAACGGCCAUCAAGACCAAAGUUCUGAAGGAACUUGCAUCAGCGCUGAAGUCAGCCUUAUCUGGCCACCUGGAGACGGUGAUUUUGGGCCUACUGAAGACACCUGCUCAAUAUGAUGCUUCCGAGCUAAAAGCCUCCAUGAAGGGGCUGGGAACCGAUGAGGACUCCCUCAUUGAGAUCAUCUGCUCCAGGACCAACCAGGAGCUGCAGGAAAUUAACAGAGUCUACAAGGAAAUGUACAAGACCGAUCUGGAGAAGGACAUUAUUUCCGACACAUCUGGAGACUUCCGCAAGCUGAUGGUUGCCCUUGCCAAGGGUAGAAGAGCAGAGGAUGGCUCAGUCAUUGAUUAUGAACUGAUUGACCAAGAUGCCCGGGAUCUCUAUGACGCUGGAGUAAAGAGGAAAGGAACCGACGUUCCCAAGUGGAUCAGCAUCAUGACCGAGCGGAGUGUAUGCCACCUCCAGAAAGUAUUUGAUAGGUACAAGAGCUACAGCCCUUAUGACAUGUUGGAGAGCAUCAGGAAGGAGGUCAAAGGGGACCUGGAGAAUGCUUUCCUGAACUUGGUCCAGUGCAUCCAGAACAAGCCUCUGUAUUUUGCUGACCGGCUGUACGACUCCAUGAAGGGUAAGGGGACUCGCGACAAGGUCCUGAUUAGAAUCAUGGUCUCCCGCAGCGAAGUGGACAUGUUGAAAAUCAGGUCUGAGUUCAAGAGAAAGUACGGCAAGUCCCUGUACUCUUACAUUCAGCAAGACACUAAGGGCGACUACCAGAAAGCGCUCCUGUACCUGUGUGGUGGCGAUGACUGAAGCCCGACCCAGCACGAGCAUCCGGAAACGGUGCUCGCUACGCUUCCAGCUAACAGGUCUAGAAAACCAGCUUGCGACUAACAGCCCCCGUGGCCGUCCCCGUGAGGAGGAUGUUAGCAUUGCCCCCUGCCUUAUCUUAGUAGCCUGAGCAUUGCCUGGCCUUCUUGUCUAGCCUCUCCUUUUAGCCAAAGAAGUGAACAUUCCAAGGAGUUGGAAGUGACGUCUAUGAUGUGAAACACUUUGCCUCUUGUGUACUGUGUCAUAAACAGAUGAAUAAACUGAAUUUUUACUUUGAAAA